CAACGUGUGUCACUGUCACGGUGUGUUACCUAGUUAUUAACUUUACUCGGUAUAUAUAUAACAAAAGCUAGAAUUCAAGAAGUCCAACACAAUCAGCAAUUUGUUUCGAUUAUCCUAUUAACCUUAUUAAUAAUACGUCGAUGUUUUAGAAAUGAAGCCAGUAGAAAUUCUCGCUAACUUACAUCCAGCUUUUACCUUGUAAAGGUUGUCAGGGGUUGUCAGACCCAGCAAACGUGACAGUCUCAUUGUUGUUUGACCAACAAAACAAAAAGAUUUCUAAUAUGGAUGGUCACAAUAAUCAGCAACCACCGUUUCCAUUGUAUUAUGGAUACCAAUAUGCUCAGCCUCAGCCCAACAAUUUCCCUCAUGCAAUGCAAUAUAGUUUUCCUCCUCCCCCAUUCCAUGAAAUGAAUUUUCCACCCCCUAUACCUUAUGGGAUAUACCCACCACCACCACCACAACCAUUUGCAAUCGGCCCACAUGCACAACAAACAAGUUACCCACCAGCAAUUUCCCAUUCUUAUGUGCCAAACUAUUCUCCAUUGAAUCAGUAUCCCCAGGCUGCCCCGUAUCUCUCAGCCCAGCAACGUCCAUCAGCUUGUAGUUCUAUGCCCACAAGUAACACUCAUCCACAAACUAAUAAAGUUUCAGGAUCAUAUUCAAGUCAUAAAUUCACAUCAAAAAGACCUUUACCAAUUAAAUCAAGCCAAAAGCCUCACUCCAGUUCUUCAUCUUCUACAAGAACAGAUUAUAAGAAGUCACAUCAACAUUCUGCUCAUGAGGAUGAACCAAUCACCCCACUGGAUGAAUAUUCUAGCCUAACUCCUGAAGAAAUUAUUGAAAAUGAGAAAAAAACAUGGACUCGUUGUGCGCCUGCAGAUCUGUACUAUGCUCGGGAUCUGGACAAUCCCAAAUUGAUGCGUGGCACCGACAAAUUGAAAGCUACUAUUGAUCAAUUUCGCAUUAAGCUGCUGGACCGUGGCGACAAAGCUCGUAUAAUGCAGCCCAAAUUUGAUUACCCUCCCCGUAAAACAAGGAGACACAGUACGCAGUGUGGCGGUUCAUGCAAGGAUAAAUCCAAAAAGACUUGCGAGUCCGAUUCAAGUACUUCUGAUUCGUCUUCAGAGGAGGAGGACGAAGUUGAUCUAGUUCUUCAAGAACUGGAACGAAAGAAACAGCAUCCGUCAAGACUUCACCCUGAACUGUGGUUCAAUGAUCCAGGAGAAAUGAAUGACGGUCCUUUGUGCCGCUGCAGUUUCAAAGCACGUCGGACUGGUAUUCGGCAUGGUAUCUACGCAGGAGAAAAAUCGUCUAUGAUAUGUGACCGGAAUUCUAACAACGGGGACAUUUUGCAUCACUACCGAGUGACCAUUUCCCCGCCGACAAAUUUUCUCUUAAAGAGACCGACCGUUAUUCAUCAUGAUGGACACGAGUUCAUUUUUGAAGGUUUCUCGCUUUUGUCUCACUACCCACUAGAUAAAGUGCCUACCUGCAAAGUCAUUCGAUUCAACAUUGAAUAUACAAUCGUCUACAUUGAAGAAAAAGUUCCCGAUAACUUUACAAUUCAAGAACUUGAAUUGUUUAGUCACUAUCUAUUCCACGAUUUACUUGAGUUGGUCGACUUUAACCUCCAUGCAGCUGGAGAUACGAACGGUUGUCCGCAAUUUCAUAUCCUACCGCGUUUUGUGAGAGACUUACCUGACCACGGCAAAGAGAUGCUGUCAAUGAACCAAGUGCUCCAGUAUCUGAUCCAACAGAACGUUCCAGUGAUCGACGAAACAGAAUUGGGUUAUCAACUUAAACUACCCCAGCAUGAUUGGCAGAAUAUGGCUGAUUUUACAAAAGGAAUGAUUGUCAUGAAGCCAGGUUCCAAACCUUGUUCCCUCAGGGUUGACCAGCUUGAUCGCGACCAACUUCGGAUGGAUGUCAUCAGCUACCCGGAGAUCGUCCAUUUUGGCAUAAGGCCACCUCAACUCAGCUACGCAGGCAAUCCCGAGUAUCAAAAAGCUUGGCGAGACUACGUUAAAUUUCGCCACCUGCUAGCCAAUAUGCCGAAACCGUCAUUUGAAGACAAGCGCAAAUUAGAGGCAAAGGAGAACAGACUCCAGGAAAUGCGACUCCAGAAUAAUAUGAAGCGCGAUGUAACGGUCGCUAUUUCUAGUGAAGGAUUUUACCGAACCGGAAUUAUGUGUGAUGUCGUCCAGCACGGAAUGUUACUCCCAGUGCUGAUUACACACUUACGCUUCCACAAGUCACUCGAUGUUCUGGAAGACAGGAUCAAGUAUCGUUUCAAGAAUCGAUAUUUGCUUCAAUUGGCUCUUACCCAUCCUUCGUAUCGUGAAAAUUUUGGAACUAACCCGGAUCAUGCCCGCAACUCUUUAACAAAUUGUGGAAUACGUCAGCCGGAAUAUGGUGAUAGACGCAUUCACUACAUGAACACACGAAAACGUGGAAUCAACACAUUAAUCAACAUCAUGUCCCGCCUUGGCAAGAAGCAGGAGACAGAAUCUAGUAUCACUCACAAUGAGCGACUGGAAUUUUUGGGUGAUGCUGUAGUUGAAUUUUUGGCUUCCAUCCAUCUGUAUCACAUGUUUCCUGAUUUGGAGGAGGGUGGUUUGGCAACCUACCGUGCUGCAAUUGUCCAGAAUCAACAUCUUGCCCAAUUAGCCAAAAACCUUCAACUUGACCAGUUUAUGUUAUACGCUCAUGGAUCGGAUCUGUGCCACGACUUGGAAUUGCGACAUGCGAUGGCCAACUGUUUCGAAGCACUGAUGGGAGCACUCUUCUUGGAUGGUGGAAUAAAUGUGGCUGAUAGGGUUUUUUCCAACACACUCUUUAUGAACGAAAAAGACCUUUUGGACGUGUGGGUCAAUUAUCCAUCCCAUCCAUUGCAAGAACAAGAAUUGGGCGGUGACCGUAAAUGGAUCGCAUCUUUUCCUCUUUUGCAAAAGAUGGUUGAAUUUGAAGAGUCGAUUGGAAUCAAGUUUACCCAUAUUCGACUUCUUGCCCGAGCUUUCACUGACCGCAGCAUUGGUUUCAAUAAUUUAACUUUGGGAUCUAAUCAGCGUUUGGAGUUUCUUGGUGACACAGUUCUUCAGCUGAUAGCAUCCGAGUAUCUCUACAAAUUCUUUCCGGAGCAUCACGAGGGGCAUUUGUCUUUGCUGCGAAGUUCCCUCGUCAACAACCGGACCCAGGCAGUAGUGUGUGAUGAUUUAGGAAUGACCAAUUACGCCCUUUAUUCGAGCCCUAAAGCGGAAUUGAAGACAAAAGACAGAGCUGAUCUGCUAGAAGCCUUUUUAGGUGCACUGUACGUCGAUAAAGGAUUGGAAGACUGUCAAACAUUUUGCCAGGUGUGUUUCUUUCCUCGCCUGCAAGACUUUAUCCUUCAUCAAGACUGGAAUGAUCCCAAAUCCAAGCUUCAACAAUGCUGCCUUACGUUGCGUACAAUGGAUGGUGGAGAACCGGAUAUCCCCGUGUAUAAAGUGAUCGAGUGCAAAGGCCCAACCAAUACGCGCGUUUAUUCUGUUGCUGUUUAUUUUCGUGGGAUUCGUUUAGCCAGUGCUUCUGGGCAUAGCAUUCAACAAGCUGAAAUGAACGCAGCUAAAGAGGCCUUAGAAAAGUCUAAAGAUCUCUUUCCGCAAUUGAAUCACCAGAAGAAAGUGAUUGCCAACACUAGUGUUACUAUGCCCAAUCGAAAAACAGGCUCUGGGUAUCCUCAUGUUGAAGGGAACGGAGCAAGUAAAUUUGAAGAGAAAGAAGUUGGUGCAUCGACUUCAAGUGAUACUUAUCAUCCCGAUUGGUAUCUACGUAGAUCGAGUUCCAGCAAACGAGAUACAAUGCAUUCCAAAGAUUCAAGGAGUCGAAGCAAUCGAAGGAGCCGAAGCAGCAGUUCAAGAAGCCGUAGUCGCAGUUCAAGAAGAACCCGAAGUCGCAGUCCUAGGAGAACUCGAAGCCGCAGUCCUGUGAGAAGUCGUAGUCACAGUUCAAGGAGAAAUGGAAAUUACAGUCCAAGAAGAAAUGGAAGUUACAGUCCAAGGAGAAGUUACAGUCCAAGUAGGAGCCGAAGCAACAGCACAAGCAGUAGUGCCAGCAACACAAGUAAUAGAAGCGGCAGUUUUGUUGCUACUGUGCCUGAAAACACUGUUACUAACAUCUGCUCCAGUAUUCAAACUGGUGGGAGAUCUAAUGAUUUAGAAAUUGUCCGGAAAAUUCGCGCUCGGAAGAGCAGUGGAGAACUGAGUUCUUCUGGACAAAGUGAUAUCGAGGAUAAAACUUUGUAAUGGUAAUCUCGAAGAUAUCUCACCCAUUUAAGUCAAUUCUAACCAAGCUUAAAAUUAAUGUUUCGUUUAAAGUGUUUGUGUUUUGGUGUCAAAACUUCUUGUUUCUGCAAAUUUGACAAUUAAGAACCCAGCUGGAUCUAAUGAUUGCACUGUUCAGAUUAAUACACUUAAAUACCAUA